AUAAAAAGUUGAUCUAAAUUGUAAUUUGUGGAUUCCAUUACGCUAAAGUAACAUAUUUUUGCAAAAUUUGUGGUGUCUGUUUCUUUGGUAUUAUUAUCCAAACAAAUCACAGCUGUUUUGCAUAAGUCCGACUAAGGGAAACAUUUUGUUUUGCGAAAAAGUAAAAAAAAUGCAGGAGAAUCUAACAAAUCAUCAAAGAGCAGAAAACUACAGCACGGUGUCAUUAGAAAACUUAAAUGAUGAUUGUUUAGAAUGCAUAUUUGAAAGAAUCAAUGAUUCCCCAGCUCAAAUUCAAGUGGCUCGUACCUGUAAACGUUUUCGUUAUAUUAUGUUGCGCUUGUGGAAACGCAAUCCAGAUAAUCGUAUUUUGGUAUUAGAACAUUGGACCAACAUAUUGCCACAUAGCGAAGACUUGGAGUAUUUCCUGCAGGCGAUGAGAAAAGAAUUUCAUACAGUACGCCUUAUCGAUGAAUGCCUUAGUGUUUUUCUCAGAGAGAUGGAGGAAAUGGGUAUUAAAGAGAUACCUGGUGUUGAAAGAUGCGAGUUACAGGAUGAAGUAAUGGAAUGCUAUCCAAAAGAUGAGGAUAUAGAGUUGCUAACAAAAUUGUUACCCAACUUAAAGUAUUUAAGCUUAAAUACGCCCAUUACGGGUUGCUUUAUCUCGAAAUUUGAAUACCUCGAAGAACUGCAUUUGUACGCCGAAUAUAGCAAAGUCUUUGAAAUGAAGCCCGAAUUCCUUAAUGAAUUAUUAUUAAAUUUAAGAUAUUUGCGAGUCUUAGAUAUACGCACUUUUGAGGUAAGCAAACUCACCUUAACACCCGACAUAGCCAAAUGCAUGGUAUUGCAAGAAUUAAAAUUAAAUUUAAAUACACUAAAAACGGCCUUGGAUUACGUGCUUAUGAUGCCUCAAUUAAGGCAUUUAAAGGUUCUACUCGAUCAAGAUGUUGACUUUAGUUCCAUUUUAAAUGUUGACUCCUUUGACUAUAAGAUCUAUGAGACCAAAGAAUUUAUUCAUAUUUUGGAAGAGAAAAGCUCAUCAAUAAUUGGCUUAGCAGUGGAUCUAUAUUUUAUGCCUUUAUCUUUGAACUGGGAUUUAAAUAUGAAAUAUUUAAAUUGCAAUAAAUUGAAACUAUUGGCACUAUGCAAUUGUGAUUAUGAGUCGAACUUUUUUGAUCGUUACACACACAUGAACCAAUUGGAAAUUUUGUGUUUACGGCACGCCAGCUCUCUGGAAAACGAUACGGUUAUGAAAUUUUUAAAAGCCUGUCCUCAAUUGCAGCAUCUCGAUAUAAGUUAUUGCAUGCAAGUGAAUAAAUCUUUGUUAACUGCCAUAACGGAAUAUCUAAGUCAGCAAGAGCGUGCACAUAAACUAUGCAUCUAUUAUCGUAUGUCGGGACUGGAGACAGAAGUGGAGAGGAACUCCGCUUAUUGGUCUUCGCAAAAAUAUGUGCGUUUGUGCUUUGAUUUUCCUCCAAAUUCGGAUAUUGGCUUAAGUUAUGUUUAUCGCGGUUUUGUUUUCAAUUUUGAACCCAGUAUCGAAAAUUCUCACUAGACUCAUAGAUGUACGCACAUAAAAUCAAUAUGAAAGAAUUCGUGCUAUUUAUUUUCUUAGUUUCUUUUAUAAAGCAACUCGAAAUUGCGAUUAUUUGUUUUUAUUACAUCAAUGACGAAGCGCCAAAAUUGUCAACAGAAAAUUAUUAUAUGCGUCGAUUCAAAGAAGGACGUUGAAUUAAUAAAUUAACCUUUAUAUUUUUGUAUUUUUAUUAUUUUUUUUUUUUUUCUUAUAUUGAAAUAUUAUAAUUCGCUCUCGAAAGGCCCCCAAAAAUAGAAACAUAUGCAAGUUUUUAAAUUAAACUUUUGUUUACAAUAAAUUCUUAUUUUUUUUAAUCAAAAAUAUAUAUUUUUGUUUUAAGCAAAGGGUAAUGAAACUGAUAAUAUAGCCCAUAGCAUAUACAUAUAUCUUAUAUAAUUAUAAAUAAAUUUAUGUGGAAAACAUCAUUUAGAACAGAAUUUGUUAGUGGCGAGUACGAGAAACAACAUGAUGUGCAACUCAAAACGGCCUUUUAGCCAAUACAAAGGAGAAUGUUGGACCGAUUACUUGUGCUGAAAGGACAAAGAAGUCCACUAAGCUAUGAUAACUAUAUAUUUAUGCAAUACUCCCCACA